UUCAUGUUUCGCACUGAAGACGUGAAUUGCAUUUUGACUGAUUGGAGAGGAGGCUCCAGCGGUUUGUACACCGACGCAGUUAACAACGUCCGCAUUGUGGGGGCUGAGCUGGAGUAUCUGGUGAACUUUCUCGAGAAGGACUAUGGCUACUCUCCUGCCAACAUUCAUUUCAUCGGCCAUAGCCUUGGAGCACAUGUUGCAGGGGAGGCAGGGAGAAGGAAAUCUGGCAUUGGAAGAAUCACAGGUUUGGAUCCAGCUGGGCCUCUUUUCCAAUACACUCCCACAAUGGUUAGGCUGGAUCCUUCAGAUGCAAAAUUUGUUGAUAUAAUUCAUACUCAUGCUGGUCAUCUUUUCUUUGACUUUGCUCCAGGGAUUCUUCAGACUUGUGGCCACCUGGAUUUUUACCCAAAUGGUGGGAAGAAGAUGCCAGGAUGCUACCAGCUUCAUGUACCUCCUGCAACUUGGAAUGUCAAUGACCUUAUGAGAGCAUAUAGAGCUAUCGGAUGUGGGCAUAAAAGAAGUCUCCGGUAUUACGCUGAGAGUAUUAUCACUCCAGAUGGGUUUGUUGGGUAUCAGUGUGAAACAUACCGAGAUUUUGUAUUGGGAUACUGUUUCCCAUGUCCAAAGGAAGGAUGCCCACUGAUGGGUCAUUAUGCUGAUAAGUUUUUAUAUAAAACUGAAAAAGAACAACAAAAAGUUUAUUUAAACACAGGGGCCUCCUCUCCUUAUGCUCGCUGGAGAAAAGAGAUACAUGUCAAAGUAUGUGCAACAGAAAUCACGAAGGGAAAUAUAGAUGUCGCCUUGACUGGAACUAAUGGGAUCAGGAAAAAAUACACAAUUGACAAGGGAACUUUCCAACCAGGCAACACAUACUUGAACUAUAUUGAUACAGAAAUUUCUGGGAACAUUUCAAAAGUUGAGUUUCUCUGGAAAAGGCAUCUGGGUCAUAUAGACAGGGGCUGCAUGGGAGCUGAAGAAGUCACAAUAAUAUCUGGGGAAAAUGGAAAUAGGUCUGUGUUCUGUGGGUGUGGGACCGUGCAGCCGAGCAUGUGGCAAGCCCUGGCAGUUUGCUGA